UAAGAAUUUUUUAUUGGAAUAGUCUUGUUGAAAUAGUGUUUUGAUAUAAAUUAUGCAAUUUAAUUUGCAAUAGUUGCUUUUAUUUUAUUAUUACAACAAUCCUACAAUGUCUCACGACACAGAUUUAUUAAUAUCGGUACCGAGAUCUUGUGUAGCUGAUUUCUACAGCAAAUAUUUAAAUUUAGUAGAAACUUUUUACUGUGUCACUUUAUCUGAGAAUAAAUCGGGCCUCGCAAAAGAAAAACCCGAAUAUGUGUUCUUUAACGUCAUAUUCAACUUGAAUCCAGCUGAUGGCACCUACAACCCACGAGAAUUAAUCGGACGAAUACAGAAAUAUGUGGAGUCAUCGUUGGGGUGGGCGGGCGAGCGCGGAGAAGACUCUAGCUACGACUCGGAGUGCGAGGACGAAGGCGCUCACAGGGCCGCCUCUCGUACACCGUCGGACACGCUCGCUGCCGAAUUCGCGGAGUAUGUAACCCUGGCACCUGCGCCACCGCAGCCUAAUCAGGCGAAGAUCGAGUUCGCCGUAAAGUUGGGUUACUCGGAGCGGCAGGCUAAGACGGCGCUGCAGAGGUUGGGACCUGACCCUCCUCGCAACGAGCUUCUAGCAGAAUUAAUAAAACUAGCAGCUAAACAACCGCCGCGGACGCUGUCGCCGUCGCCCCCCACAGACCCCGACCCGCCACCUGACCGCGAACCACUCAGGCAGAUCGUUAUUGACGGCAGUAAUGUGGCCAUGAGCCACGGCAACAAGGAGGUAUUUUCAUGCCGCGGCAUCGAAAUAUGCGUCGACUGGUUUCGCGCCCGCGGCCACAAAGACAUCAUAGUGUUCGUACCCAAGUGGCGUAAAGAAGCAUCGCGGCCAGAUAACCCGGUCGCAGACCGCGACGCGUUGGAGCGACUCGAACGCGAUCGGGUACUCGUCUACACUCCUAGUCGACUGGUCGGCGGCAAACGUCUCGUCUGCUACGAUGACAGGUACAUAUUGCGACUAGCGGCAGACACGGACGGCAUUGUAGUCUCCAAUGACAACUAUCGUGAUCUAGCAGCGGAGAAUCCCGAAUUCCGCAAAGUCGUCGAAGAGCGACUCCUUAUGUAUUCCUUCGUGAAUGAUCGAUUCAUGCCACCCGAUGACCCUCUUGGGAGAUCAGGACCGACCCUCGACGCAUUCCUUCGUGCGCCCCCAUCUCGCGCCGAACCACCACCUGCUUGUCCUUACGGACGAAAAUGUACAUAUGGAAACAAAUGUAAGUUCCAUCAUCCUGAACGCGCCGGACGACCACAUAAAUCUGUCGCCGAGAAAUUGUCCGAGAGAGCGGCACGUGCGUUACGAGCUCGCGAUCUGCACACAGUCAGCUUACCUCCAGAUGGCCGACCCGCUGAUAAUAAACGGCCACUGGCACGAGCGCACUCUGCAACACCCCGCUUAGCGGACGCCACACUUGCGACGCAUUUCGAACGCGCACAAAUGCAACUUGCCGGGCCGUCGCAACCACCACUAAUUUCACAGCCCAUGUCGCCACCCGACACAAACACACAUCGUAAAUUAGCGCGUCAGCUUACACUGAACCCCGCAUGUGAUCCGCGACUCACGCACACGGCAGCCGCUAGAGUUGCCUCUGCGCCCGUAGGAGCCGCAGGCGCCGCUGGUGCUCACCUGUCACCGUGUGCCUCCGAAGGAGCGUUACAACAUUGGGAUGCGAGGCGGCGUAUGCAUUUUCACCUCACUGGAAUAUUCCCUGAGGUGCAAGUCGCGGAGGCAAUGGCGGCAUACCCAGAAGAAACAGACGCACAGACGAUGUGUGCAAUCAUCCUAGCGCGGUACAGACCAAGUGAAGCUCAGAUGCCACGUCCGCCGUUGCACUGAUCUCUAUAUUUGUAUCUCUGACAAAUACAACACUGUAUCGCCAGAAAUAGUUAAGUAUAUGUUGACGUUUGAAUUAUUAUCGAUUUUCUCGUAAAAAUUGAUAGCAUAUGUUCAAAAGAGUUCAACAUUACUAUUCAACGGAUUAUUGCUGCUUCGACUGAGUAAGUCAUACGUAUGUAUUAUACGUAUACCAUUAAGACAGAAGAGAAAGAAUGUACAGAAACUGAUUGUGCCAAUCAUGCCGAUCCGUUUUGUGGUCGUGUUAAUAAUUGAAUAGGCAUUUAUAUACAUUGUAUGUAUAUUUUAAACUGUGUAUGUUAUACACUUCUAAGAAGUGUAUGACUAUAUUUAUGUAACGAAGAUUAAUUAAGUUUAGGCUUUAAAGAUGUACAAAAUUAUUUCAUUGUCUAUUUGUAUUACAUAAAAUAUUGUUAAUAUAUUAACAAAAUUUAAUAUAAGAAUAUAACAUUUUUCUGGGUUCAUUGUCUCUGUUACUGUUAUGUAUUGAUCCCUUCCAGUGAAUCCUCUUAUUUACUCCACUUGUUCACAAAUAACAAAUUAUUACAUAUAGUAUAAAUAAUAAUUACUAUGUUAAUUUUCCCAUAAAGUUGUAACUUUGUAUGAAUAAUCUUGAUACUAUGUACCAAGAUUUUAUAAUUAUAGAAACUUUUUGUUAAAUUUUUAUAUCUUAGUUUAUUUAUGUGUAUUAGAGUUAUGGCCAUAUUUGUCAUUAAACACUCGUAUAAAACUUAUUAUGUCUAACUCCUAUAUUAAAUUUUUGGUAUAGUUACAAAAGGAUUUGUAAUUAUCCCCAAAAUUACAUUUUAUUUCAUUACAUUUUGUUAGUAUAGGGGUCUCCCUAUUUCAUUAGUAUUAACGAAAUGUUUUAUAUAUACUAUUACAUCAUACUCAUUAAAAAAUACUUAUGCAAAUCGUGGUAGUAUUUUGUAUAAUCAGCUUAAGAAUAAACUACCCAAUAGAGAUGUAAUAUUACUAGUAUGGGACUAGUUUCAUCUGCAGGUUAUACGAAAUAAAUCGUAUUAUAUAACUCACGUAAAGCAAAUUUUUUAACCUUCUUAUAAAAUUAUAAGUGACCCUCAGUGACACUAAACAUUGUCUGACAACGAAUGUUCAUUAUAUAUAGUUUAUUAUGCAAAUAAUAAGUUAUUUGCUAUAUAUUGUUUGAUAUUAAUAUGCUAUAUUUGUAUUGUAACUUGGUCAUUCCUAUUUAGUAUGUAUUAGCUAUAUACAAUGGCCAGACUUAUUAUGGACUAAUAGUCAUUAUCGUUAUAGGUAUAACCAAGAAAUACAAUUAUUAUUGUUUGAUUU